CUGAGCGGAAAAAUCUCAAAUCUGAGGAUGAGCUCAGCUGGUCUGGCGGGUUUUGGUAGGUAGUAAUUCAGUUCUAGCCCAGCCUAUUCGAACCCAGAACCACUGUUCUGGGUUCGAAUCCCGGCGACGGAAUUUUCUUUUUGUGUUUAUUCUUUUUUGUUUUUGUUAGGCUGAUGUUUUUAAAUUAGAAUUUCUCAAAUAGAAAAAUAUUUUGUUAGAUAUAAAUCAAAAUAACAGGUAUCUUUUGUCCUAAGGGAUAAUGAUUUCUAUAUUUUAUACAUUUUUUAAACGACUUCAUGGUUUCAAAAGGAGGAGGUUAUCAAUUCGGUUGUAUGUUUUUUUUUAAUGUUUGUUACUCCACAACUCCGUCAUUUCUGAACCGAUUUUGAAAACUAUUUUUUUGUUUGAAUGUAUAUAUAUAUACAGAUUGGUCACAUUUUUCUCAAAACUCAGUUCUGAUGAUGGGAUCCAUGAGGAAUCGAGGGAACUCUUCAAAUGUGAAAGGCAUACAUAUAGUGAUUUUUGUAUUUUUCUUGACAAAUUAAGCAUUUACAUUUAAAAAAGUGACGUUUGAUGAAGUGGAACUGCUGAUGAUGAUCAGAAUGGAACUCAUCAACGACGCAUAGUACACGUUUGGCGAUUUGUCCUCUUCGCUGUGUUUGUUAAGCAAAUUAGAUUUUCAAGACAUAAUUUUGUCAAGUUUGAGUUCUAACGAUGGGGUCCAUGAGGAAUCGAGGGAACUCCUCAAAUGUUAAAGGCAUAUAUAUAUAUAUAUAUAUAUAUAUAUAUAUAUAUAUAUAGUGAUCUUAGUAUUUUCAUCAACAAAUCAAGUAUUUACAUUUGUAGAAGUGACAUUUGAUGAAGUGGAACUGCUGAUGAUGAACAGAACGGAACUCUUCAACGAUGCAUAGUUCACGUUUAGCAAUUUGUUCUCUUUGCAUGUUUGUCAAGCAGUUAGGUUUUCAAGGCACAUUUUUAUAUUUCUAUCCUAGUUAGUUUUUUUAAUAAUUAUCUGGUGCUUUAUUUUAUGCAUGGUGUGAAAUAUUUUAUCUUAAAUACAGUCGAAUACCUUAUUGCGGGUAUCUUACCAGUCAACCACAGGGCAAAUCUGAAAUGUGUCAAGGUGGGUGCAGUGACAAAAAAACAUGUUACCUCCUUUUCUACAUACUUAGGCGUAGGACGCUGUCUUUUUAAUUUCAUUGUAUGAAAUCCAAAAUCAACAAUAAUCGUCCUUUCUCCGGUCUCCCUCAUUGAAGUCGGUUUUUUUUAAUUGCCUGUUUGUCAAUUUCGUUCGCACUUUUGCCUUGCGCGCGCAUUGGAAUCGUGCGUAAAAAAAAUAACGCGCCAGCCAUUUUCCGUAUUUGACAUAAAACUCAUAAAAUUGGAAUAGUUUUGCAUGUUUUUAGUUUAUAUAAUGACGGAAACUUCAUUUUCAAGCAUUGAAAAUGAAGAACACAUAAAAUUGACGCUGCCAGUAAUACUAAUAAAGGCAAGAGCCGAGAACGAUAGCCUUUUACCAUCAAAAUCGGGUGAAAAAGAAUUAGCGGCAUAUGAAACUUUUAUUCAAUAGAAAAUCAGUAAAGACGCCCAGUCUUUCUUGCAAAACGUGUUGGUAGCUUACUUCAAUGAACUGGCGAAUAAGUGCCUACAAGCCCAGCGCGCUUUGGUGCAAUUGUUAGAUGUUAAAACUGUAAGCCACCAUUUAGAAAAUUGUACUUUUACUGUUACUAUUUGUACUUUUAAUGUAUGAGAAGAUUUUGCGAUGGAUGUGUGGCGUUACGCGAUUAGAUCGCAUACGUAACGAACACAUCCGUGGCAGCCUCGGAAUUCGUGACGUAGCGGAUAAGCUGCAGGAAAGUCGCCAGCGAUGGUAUGGCCAUAUAAGCCGCAGACCAGCAGACUACGUCGAAAAUAGAUGCCUCAACCUCACUGUCCAAGGCCCUAAGAUCACGCGGCCGCGGUAGGCCUAAGCGCUGGCUGAAGGUCGUGAAAGCGGACAUGGAAGAGAACAAUCUCACAUCUGAGGAUGCCGAAAACCGGGCAAAGUGGAGAAGAUUAAGUAGGAAAGCGGACCCUGGCGCUAGGCCGGGAAAACGCUAGGUUGAAGAAGAGAAGUAGCUAUAUUACAAACAAGUAAAACCUUUACUUUUUUGGGAAGUUUUGUAGCUCAUAUCAACUAUUCGUUGUCGUUGACAGACUCAAUGUUAAACUGUUAAUUUGACAAUAUAUCAGCACUUUCAUGCCUUUCCAGUUUUUCUAUUACCAAUAGAAUUAACCCACUGUUAUAUUCAAUCGCAGGAUGCAAUUUGUGAUAGAUAUUUUCUUUAUAUUGUCAGGUAUUAUAUUCCCCCCGCCGUACCUAUUCACUCCGUCUUACGGUUAUUGUUUCUUUUUAUAUUCAAUUCUUUCUUCAUUUUAUAACAAACAUUUGCACAGCUUGCCUUUGCUCAAAUAAUAUAAUAUAUAUAAAAAAAACCGAGUCACGACAUUUUAUGAAACGUGCAUAAAGGCUCGUGUCGAGCAAGUUUUAUAUUAUUGUACCCCGAGUGUCUAAGGAUGGGUACGACGGGCGCUAUGGUCGGUUUGGUUUUGACUAUUUUGCUGGUUUCGACUGCUAUUGUAGCUGAAUCACCCCCAAUUAUCGAUUAUGGCAAACCAAUACCUCCUCCAUGUCCUAAAAAUGAGGUACGUCGCUGUCAGAACACCUGCCCGCCUGAUCACUGCUUCGCCCUAUAUGCGGCUUUCGAUUGCAUCGCCAACCAAACUUGUGUGAACGGUUGUUACUGCAGAGACGGUUACCUGAGGAUUGGUCGAAAUGGCCCAUGCGUUCCCAGGGACCAGUGUCCCCCGGUUGAAUGUGUCCACGAUCCCAACGCACGGCGAGGUUGUGGAGACAAAUGUGGCAAGACAUGUGCAGACUACAACAGCAAUCCCAUUUGCCCCAAACAACCUUGUAAAAAUGAUGGAUGUGAUUGUAAAGAAGGAUACGUACAUGAUACGAAUCAGGACCUGUGUGUUCUUCCUAAGGACUGCACAAAACCGUGCAAAUCUCACGAAAGGUGGUCACCGUGCCUGAUGGGUGAGUGCGUGGCUAAGACGUGCAAGGAACUGGGCGAACCGCUGGUGUGCCCAGCCAAUGCAGUGGAUCCUUGCCCGGGUGGUUGUAUUUGCGACUACGGCUACGUGAGGGCUAAAAAUGGUACCUGCAUAGAUGCCAAGAGUUGCCCCAGCUGCGGUGGCGAUCCUAAUGCACAAAUUGGCUGUGGAAACCCUUGUGGAAAGACUUGUGCUAGCCUUAAUGCCAACAAGUCUAACAUAGUGUGCCCGCCAUAUUGUGAAGUCAAUGGGUGCGACUGCAAAGAGGGAUACCUUCUGGAUCAAGAUGCUAAACCACCAAGAUGUGUCCUUGUUAAAGAUUGUCCUAAGCCACCUAACAAAUGCGGAAAAAAUGAAGAAUACUACUGCGGACCAUCUUGUCCGGACUAUGAAGCUACUUGCUCCGAACCCAACCCGCCUAUUUGCAUCAACAAGAGAUGUGAAUUCAAAUGCUUUUGCAAGAAAGGUUACGUGAGGGAUGAUAAGAACGGCAAUGUUUGCAUUACCGCCGAUAAAUGCCCGAAGAAAUGUCCUAAACUCCACGAACGAUGGACGAACUGCUACCUAGGAGAAUGUGUGGCUAAAACAUGCGAGGAUCUGGGCAAACCGCUGCCAUGCCCAGGAAUACUAGCACCUUGCGCGGGCGGAUGUAUUUGCGAAACAGGCUUUGUGAGGGAUGAGAACGGAAAAUGUAUAGAUGCGAGGAAAUGCCCAAGCUGUGGUGGAGACCCAAAUGCUCAAUCUGGCUGUGGAAAUCCUUGUGGACAAACAUGCGCAAGCCUUAGAGCCAACACAAGAAAUAAAAGAGACACUGCUAGGGCCUCUGCAACGGCAUGUGCCGCAUACUGUGUAGUUAAUGGCUGUGACUGCAAGAAGGGGUACAUUUUGAACACAGAUGUUAAACCCCCGAGAUGCGUGCUCCCUGAAGAUUGUAACAAACCUAUAAACUGUACCAAGAAACAUGAAGUAUACGUCAAUUGUUUAGCUGGUCAAUGCGGCCCCAAAAACUGCGAUGAUUUGGGGAGGUCGCUUUCAUGUCCUCGGCUGGGAGGUCCCUGUCCCGGGGGUUGCAUAUGCAAAGAAGGCUACUUAAGAGACGUUAAUGGAAAUUGUAUCAAGAUGGAGAACUGCCCUCCGAAACCUUGUGGAGGGAAUCAAACGUGGAUGUCCCCUUGCAACGCACCUUGUCCCUAUCCACGUUGCCCAAGAGACGACAAGCCGCCACCGCCAUGCGUCAAGAUAGAACCAUGCUACCCAGGAUGUCAAUGCAAAUUGAACUAUUUAAGAAACUCACGUGAAGAGUGUAUCUUGGCCCCGGAUUGUCCUCCGGUAAACUGUACUCGGCCAAAUGAAGUAUGGAAUGGGUGCCCCUCAGCGUGCCUGGCUGAAGGCUGUGAUGACAUCAACAAGCAGCCUACGACCUGUAAUACUCUCAUUUGGCUCUGCUCGCCUAGAUGUGUUUGUAAGAAGGGGCACUUUAGGAACAAAGAUGGCAUGUGCAUUCCUGCUUCACAAUGCCCAUCUUAUUGUAAAGAUCCCAACGCCUCAUGGAGAGAUUGCCGUGAUAUUUGCCAAGGCACUUGUCAAAACCCUAAACCGAUAUGUAUCAGUAAAGAGGUGUGUAGACCUGGGUGUCAGUGUAAAAAAGGCUACGUCUUAGAUAAGCCUGGCCAUGGUGGAAAAUGUGUCCAGAUUGAAAAAUGUCCAGUUACUACAACUACGACCACUCCGGCUCCACCUAAAUGCAAAUCCAAUGAACAUUGGACAGAUUGCUUGCCAGGCCAAUGUAAGCCAAAGACAUGCGAUGAGCUGAUAACACCCGCGCCCUGUCCUAGAGUAAUUCCUCCGUGUCCUGGUGGUUGUAUCUGCGACGAUGGAUACGUCUGGGACGCAACAGGAUGCUGUAUAAAAAAAGAAGACUGUCCUCCUAACACCUCAUCUGAUUAAUUAGCGUUUUCUUUCUUUUGUAUAAUUAUAAUAUAUUUUAUAUUCAUUUAAUGUUUUAUAACAUACAUACAUCGUGGGAUUCGUAGAAUGAUAAUGACGAUUCCUCUUAACUUCCUGUGAAAUAUAGUUCAUAAACCAGCCAGAAGCCACCACGUUAUUAAGUUAUUAUGUAAGUAACUGUUCAAUAAAUAAUUU